CCUCAGGGUCACAAAUGAACAAAAAUAAUGGAGUUAUUUGGACGAUGGUGCUUUUUUCAAUCCAGCAUGAGUUCUUAAAGGGGCAGAUCACUCAAAAUUACAAUUCUGUCACAAUUUAUUCACCCUCAUGUUGUUUAAAACCUGUAUAUGACUCUUCCUUCUGUGGACGACCAAAGAAGAUAUUUGUACAAUAGAAGUCAAUGGGGGCCAAUGUUGUUUGGCUACCCACGUUGUUCAUUUAUAUCUUCCUUCGUGUCCUGCAGAAGAAAAGCAGGCUGAGAAUGACAUGAGGACAUGUCGGCGAACUGUUUUCAAGGGCACCCAUCGACUCAAAGCCAUCACUCCAGCAAUUCAAGCACAUUCGGAUUGAAACAUGACAUUUAAGAGGAACACAAUCUCCACUACAUAAAUCUGCAUCUAUAGAAACUUUACAUCAUGACCAACGGGCUGCUGGCAGACGAUAACAUAAGUUCCACUUUUUUCCCACAAAGCUGUCCAAACUGCAGUGUGAUUUCACCAUUUGACAUAGACAUUAGUAAAUCACUAGCUCUGGGCCUGGUACUGAUGGUCUUUAUGAUAUUUGGUGUGAUGGGCAAUAUCCUGGUCAUCCUCUCAGUGGCAUGCCAUCGCCACCUUCGCUCCAUGACGCACUACUUCGUCGCCAACCUGGCGGUGGCGGAUCUGCUUCUCAGCUCCAUGGUGCUUCCAUUCUCCGCCGCAUCUGAAGCUUUGGGCUGCUGGGCAUUCGGGCGUUCUCUGUGUAACGCCUGGACAGCCCUCGACGUGCUGUGUUGCACAGCCUCUAUCCUAAGCCUUACUGUCAUCUCCGUGGAUCGCUGCGUGGCAGUGAGUUACCCGCUACAGUACCCUUCCUUGGCCACCGGGCGGAGGGCACUGGGAGCAGUGGUGGUCCUCUGGUCUUUCUCGAUAGCGAUCUCCGUCGGCCCACUGCUUGGAUGGAGAGAUCCGAUGCCGGAGGACGAGUCUGUGUGUAGGGUUAAUGAAGAACAGGGGUAUGCCAUCUUCUCAGCUGCGUGUUCCUUUUAUGUGCCACUGACUGUGAUUUUGGCAAUGUACUGUAGGGUGUACGUGGUGGCACGGCACAAGAGUAAAUCCAUGAGAAAAGGCAGAGAGACGAAUGGGUUAACGAAACACGGGGUCAUGCUGAGGAUCCACUGUCGUAAUGCUGUCAAAAAAGAAGCUGUGCGAUCGAGCCAUGCCUUUGUGCGUCUGCUCAAGUUCUCCCGGGAGAAGAAGGCCGCCAAGACCUUAGGGAUUGUGGUGGGCUGUUUUGUGCUCUGCUGGCUUCCAUUUUUCCUAGUGCUGCCCAUAAGCUCCAUCUUUCCGUCUCAUAGACCCUCAGACACUGUCUUCAAAAUUACCUUCUGGCUCGGCUACUUCAACAGCUGCCUCAACCCUAUCAUCUACCCGUGCUUCAGCCAGGAGUUCAAGAAGGCUUUCCAGAAUGUUCUACGUUGUCACUGCCUCAGCAGAACACAGAGAGUCUGGAGUCCUCCGGUGCGUUUUCAAGAUGCAACGACCCUGCACGCCCCCAAACUGGUCUCACCCUUCAGCUUUCAGACUUCUGUUGACAUUAAUAAUGCAUUGCCUAAAGUUGUGGCAUUGACUGAAAAUGACCAUAGUAAGAUAAAUGUGGAUGACAUGCAGAAACAAACACAUGCUGAAACUAAAGUACCGUCUAUUAAAGUUCAUCAAGUCUCUAUUUGCAUGACGGAAGGAGAGGCUUUAUAAAAGACAGGAUUAAGAUAUCAGAAUUUGGUUGUAAUUUAAUAAAAAAAGGGAACAUCAUAGAUCUUUAGCAGAAUGGAAAAAUAACGACGUUACAAAAGCGUCCCCUGUUGGCCAAAUAACAGCUCUGUAUAUCCGUUUAAAUCUGUCUACAUACGUUCAUUUUGUUCAAUCUGUUCACUGAUCCACAUUUGUUAUAAAUAUAUUCUGGACAGGGCCACAAGUUGUCAUUUGUGUAGUUUAAAGGGAUAGUCUCCCCAAAAACAAAAAAUCUGUCAUAUUUUGUUUAACCCUUGUAGUUUAAACUUGUAUAUGAUUCUUUUUAUCAGUGAAACACAAAAGAAGAUACUUAGAAGAAUGUCUCUGUGUUUUUUGUCUGUACAAUGAAUGUCAAUGGCGUCCAAUGUGUUUGGUUCUUCAAAAUAUUCUUUUGUGUUCUCCCGAAGAAAGUCAUACAAGUUUGGAAUGACACGAUGGUGAAUAAAUGAUGACAGAAUAUA